AUGAUCGACCCGGCCAACACAUCACAGUUGCGUAUCUUACAACGCCAGUACUUUCAGCUUGUAGAGCCGAAUCAAUUGACAUGGCCUGAUGAUGCGACUUUGAAGGCCCCUGAGGUGCAGUCAUGGCUGUUCAGCAACUUGUUCGACAUGGCCAACAUCACUUCGCCGCCGCCCGAUCGCUAUCAGCUCAGGAUCUUGAAACAGCUUAUUGCAAAACUCGAGAGGUCCAUAACUGACCCUGAGGAGGAUGAGAUAUCAGAUGACCUUAUGGAAGCAAUGACUGGCCUCCUUGUUGCUGAAAUGCCUUCCGAGGCAGCCGCUGCACAGCAAAAGGCGUUUGUGACGUACGCUUUCCCUCACGCCACCAUGGAGCGUACGGUAACGCUACUGGAAGCGAGAUCCGUCAUCUCCUCGUCCGGAACCACGGGUCUCAGGACGUGGGAAGCAGCUUUGUUACUUGGAUCUUACUUGGCUUCUGAGACUGGCCGAUCAUCAGUAUGUGGCAAAAGGCUGUUCGAACUGGGUGCAGGGACUGGCAUGCUAUCCAUCCUGUGCGCAAGAUACCUUGGCAUCGCUGGCAUCGUUGCGACCGAUGGCGAUGAGGCUGUCGUCGAUGCCAUCAAAACUAAUCUCUUUCUCAACGGUCUCGAUGUCGACGAUGAGACAAGUGUGUGUCAAGUCGGUACUGCGGCUCUUAAGUGGGGGUAUCCUGUUGACGUAAAAACCUUCUCUGAAGACUAUGGCAUGGAGGUACCAGAUAUUGUUCUGGGAGCAGAUGUCACAUACGACAAGAGCGUCAUCCCCCGCUUGGUCUCGACCAUGUGGGAAUUGUUUGAGCUGAAUGCGGGACUACAAGUCCUCAUAUCCGCAACCAUUCGCAAUGAGCAGACGUUCGAGACUUUUUUGAACGCGUGUAGACGGAACAGCUUCGGGUUCGAGCAAGUUGAUUUUCCACCGGUGCCUGAACAUCAACAGUGCGGUCCAUUUUACCCUACUUCGACGCCGAUCCACAUUUGGCGCAUCACAAAAGGCCAGGCCAAGGCUGAGCCGUUUGCCGUCUGA